GGUUCUAUAUCGGAGGGGCUGAAGGGACCUUGUGACGUAUUGAGGGGAGGAGCUACGUCGCCAGGGGGAGGAGCUACGGGCGAACAGGGUACCCGAAAAGUACCCUCGCGGGCUCGCUUCGGGCACGGUAACUCCUCCCCCAAAUGGAAAAGGUCCCUUCUAGCGUCUACCGUAUAUUACAGGAUUGCACAGUAGUGAAGAAGACAUCCAAUGAGUGUGAGACACCCAGCAGCCGUCCCUGUUUGUCAGAAGGACUAAGCAGAACCCAGAGCCCCAUUACGGUGCCUCCACCUCACUCACUGAUACAUGAGAGACACAGUGACCAGAAGAUCCUGGAACUCACCAACAACAUCAUUCAGCUGCUGACUGGAGAGGAGGAGGAGUAUACAGAGGAACACAGGGGUCUGUACAAGGACGUGAUGAUGGAGAAUCACCGGCCCCUCACAUCACUGGAUGGACCCAGUAACAGAGAUACCCCAGAGAGAUGUCCCCGUCCUCUGUAUUCCCAGGACUGUACAGAGGAGAAUCACAGGAUCCCACAGGAGGAUCAGACACAACGUCUGUCUGAUAUUAAAAUAGAAGGUACAGAGGUAGAAGAAGAGACAUAUGUGACUGAUAUAAAGGCAGAAGAUAUAGAGGGAGAAGAAGAGACGUAUGUGACUGAUAUAAAGGCAGAAGAUAUAGAGGGAGAAGAAGAGACAUAUGUGACUGAUAUAAAGGCAGAAGAUAUAGAGGAAGAAGAAGAGACGUAUGUGACUGAUAUAAAGGCAGAAGAUAUAGAGGGAAAAGAAGAGACGUAUGUGACUGAUAUAAAAGCAGAAGAUAUAGAGGGAGAAGUAGAGACGUAUGUGACUGAUAUGAAGGCAGAAGAUAUAGUGGGAGAAGAAGAGACGUAUGUGACUGAUAUAAAGGCAGAAGAUAUAGAGGAAGAAGAAGAGACGUAUGUGACUGAUAUAAAGGCAGAAGAUAUAGAGGGAAAAGAAGAGACGUAUGUGACUGAUAUAAAGGCAGAAGAUACAGAGGGAGAAGAAGAGACGUAUGUGACUGAUAUGAAGGCAGAAGAUAUAGAGGGAGAAGAAGAGACGUAUGUGACUGAUAUAAAGGCAGAAGAUACAGAGGGAGAAGAAGAGACGUAUGUGACUGAUAUAAAGGCAGAAGAUAUAGAGGGAGAAGAAGAGACGUAUGUGACUGAUAUAAAGGCAGAAGAUAGAGAUGGAGAAGAAGAGACGUAUGUGACUGAUAUAAAGGCAGAAGAUAUAGAGGGAGAAGAAGAGACAUAUGUGACUGAUAUAAAGGCAGAAGAUACAGAGGGAGAAGUAGAGACGUAUGUGACUGAUAUAAAGGCAGAAGAUAUAGAGGGAGAAGAAGAGACGUAUGUGACUGAUAUAAAGGCAGAAGAAAUAGAGGGAGAAGAAGAGACGUAUAUGACUGAUAUGAAGGCUGAAGAUACAGAGGGAGAAGAAGAGACGUAUGUGAGGGGUGAUCAGCAGUGUAAGGAGGAGGAGAUUCCUACAGAUAUCAGCACAGCAGAUGGACACACAAGCAGGAAUAUCUCAGAAGGACAUCUAAUGUUAUCCCCGGAUUGUGACAUAAAAGAUGAUGACAGUAGACAGGAUUCUCCAGGAGAUAAUAGGAUUUUGGUACUUACCAGGUAAAUCCUUUUCUUUGAAUCCAUAG